AUGACAGUUAGUUAUUAUUCAGCUGUUGAUUCAAAUCGGAAAACAUUUACGAAUAUACUCAGUGCUAUUAAUGAUAAUAAUGGUUCAUCACUUGUAUCUUGUUCUGUAUCAAUAAUACGAUCAACAUUUAAAUUACCCGAACCAUCAAUACAAUCACAAAACUCCAUAAUAAAAACAAUUGAUACUGAAAAUUUACCUCGACUUGAUUUAUUUAUUUCAACACGAACAACAAUGUCAACAACACCGAUGUUUUCAAAUAAAAACAUUUAUAAUAAUACAUUAAAUGGACAAAAUUUUACACGUACAAUAACACGUGCUGAUCAUAAUGGAACAAUUCAAUGUCAAAUUGAAUCAAAUAAUUGUAGUGAUAUUUAUAUUAUAAAAACUGUUUCAAUUGGUAUUGAAUAUGGACCUAAUUUAGAAACAGAUGCACUAUCAACAAUAAAUUUAGAAGGUGAAGUAUGA